AGCACUUAGAAUAGUAGUUCACAUACCAGUAAGCCCAAGGCACCCAGGUUCCUCCUGUUGAAAACUCAUAUACCUGUGCCCACCCGCAAGGAGGUGAUGUGGGUGCCCGGUCGGGCGGCAAGCCGUUAAAAAAGCAACCUCCCUGGGCGAUGAGCUGGAGCCGCAUCGCUCCCCGGUAACCUCGGCCUGAGCCGAGGGCUCCCGGGAGGUCCCCGCCCACACCAGGAGGCGCGGGCCGGGAACGCCGAGGCCAUGGUACCGGAGCGGACGCCGGACGGCCCCCUCCGCACCCAUUCCCCGGAGGGUCUCCGAGCCGGCUGCAGUAAGCUCAACCAGAGGCGGUACAUCUCCUCCUGGCUGACCGGAUGGUUCCCCAAGACCCCAGCCAAGUCCGUGGUGGCCCAGAAAACGCCCAUCAAGGUGGAGUUGGUAGCUGGAAAAACCUACAGAUGGUGUGUGUGUGGCCGCAGCAAGAAGCAGGAAGCACCUGAGCAGGAAGUUCCCAGGCAAGAGGCCUCCACUCCAGCUCUGCCGCUAACUAGCAAGUCAAGGCAGGCUUCAGUUUCCAUGAUCCAGUCUCUGCUGGAACAGCUUCCACCCUUCUGUGACGGCUCUCACUUCUUCCAACGCACUGGUCUAUCCCCACUCAAGUUCAAGGCCCAGGAGACCCGCGCAGUGGCCCUCUGCACCUGUAAGGCUACCCAGAAGGCCCCGUACUGUGAUGGCACCCACCGGAGUGAGCGGGUGCAGAAGGCAGAAGUGGGUUCCCCACUCUGAGGGACCAGCCCCAGGCCUCUGGUGGGCACCCCUUUUGUGGGGAAGGAAACGGAGUGCUGAGGCCAAAAAGGGACCACCCAGGGACCCCAGUCCCAUCUGCUGGUUGUGAAGGGCUUGCUCCCAAGACCUGAGGUCUCUCAGGCAACUGGGGACCCCACCUCUGGCUUAUUACCUGCUGGUGAAAGUGGCAUUAAACUCUGUACCCGCCCGGCA